AUGCUGCACACCGAGGGCCACGCUCUUCUUCGGGCCGUGGGUCAGGGUAAGCUACGCUUGGCCCGUUUGCUUCUGGAGGGGGGCGCCUACGUGAAUGAGGGUGAUGCCCAAGGGGAGACUGCGCUAAUGGCGGCCUGUCGGGCCCGCUACGACGACCCCCAGAACAAGGCGCGCAUGGUACGCUACCUUCUGGAGCAAGGCGCAGACCCCAACAUCGCAGAUCGCCUAGGGCGCACGGCGCUUAUGCACGCUUGCGCCGGCGGCGGGGGCGCAGCGGUGGCCUCCCUGCUCCUUGCCCAUGGCGCAGACCCUUCAGUCCGAGAUCACGCUGGCGCCUCGGCGCUUGUCCACGCCCUGGACCGCGGGGAUCGCGAGACCCUUGCCACGCUGCUGGACGCCUGUAAGGCCAAGGGCACGGAGGUCAUCAUCAUCACCACCGACACCUCGCCCUCGGGCACCAAGAAGACCCGGCAGUAUCUCAAUUCCCCACCGUCCCCGGGGGUGGAGGACCCCGCUCCCGCUCCUCCUAGCCCGGGGGUCUGCACGUCGCCGUCGGAAAUCCAGCUGCAGACUGCAGGAGUAGGAGGACAGGGAUUGUUAUCCCCUCGCGCCCAGGAAGAAGAGGAGAAGCGGGACGUAUUUGAAUUCCCUCUUCCUAAGCCCCCAGAUGACCCCUCCCCUUCUGAGCCACUCCCCAAACCACCCCGUCAUCCUCCAAAACCACUCAAAAGGCUCAACUCCGAGCCUUGGGGCCUAGUGGCCCCUCCUCAACCGGUCCCUCCUGCCGAAGGGAGGCCGGGGAUUGAGCGCCUGACCACCGAAUUCAACGGCCUGACCCUGACAGGUCGACCGCGUCUUUCCAGACGUCAUAGCACUGAAGGCCCAGAGGACCCGCCCCCGUGGGCGGAGAAAGUGACGGGUGGGGGUCCUCUCUCGCGCCGAAACACAGCACCAGAAGCUCAGGAGCCUGGCCCCCCUUCAGGGCUGAGGCAGAAACUGAGCCGCAUGGAGCCGAUGGAGCUCGAUAUCCCCGGAAAUCUUUGCCCCGACUCGCCGGAGUGCAGCCGCCCAUCCCUGGAGCGCCGUAGAUACAGCGCCUCCCCGCUGACCCUCCCUCCAGCCGGCUCUGUUCCCUCCCCGCGCCAGUCCCAGGAGAGUCUGCCUGGGGCUGUGUCUCCGCUGAGCGGGCGGAGGCGGAGUCCAGGGUUGCUGGAGCGGAGGGGCUCGGGGACGUUGCUUCUGGACCACAUCGCGCAAACACGGCCUGGUUUCCUGCCCCCGCUCAAUGUCAGCCCCCACCCUCCCAUCCCUGACAUUCGCCCCCAACCCGGAGGUCGGGCGCCUUCGCUGCCCGCCCCUCCCCAGGCGGGGGCGCCAGGCUCUCCCAGGACCAAGCGCAAGUUGGUGAGGCGCCACUCCAUGCAGACUGAGCAGAUCCGCCUGCUAGGGGGCUUCCAGAGUCUAGGCGGGCCAGGGGAGCCUGGGCGCUGA